CGUCUCCUUCGCAAGUGCUCGCUCCCGAUGCGUCGCGCCUGUAUCCCCCAUUGCCAGUGUCCCACCAGUCUACGGCCCUUUCGUACGAGGUUGAAGAUGCUUGUGGUGUUUGUGAUCCUUCUUCACUUUUCCCAUCAUGCCUCAGCUGUGGUGCUGGUUGAGGGGGAUCCGUUCGUUCUGCUGCACUGUGAGUUUGAAACAUUUGAACUGGAAGAACCCACAGUGGUGUGGAGCCGCAAGGACUUCAAUCCUCCAACUGUCCACGAGCGUCAAGCUAAUGCUGACAAACUACAAGACCAAAACCAGCACUACAGCGGCCGAACAUCCAUGAAGAAGAAUGCUCUGGAAUCUGGAGACCUCACCCUGAAUCUGACAAACCCCAAGGUGUCUGACAGCGGCACUUACACCUGCACCGUAAAAGCUGCUAGGAUUGGACGACGACAAUUAACAGAAAUACAACUGCAAGUCAAACCAAAAGAUACAACCUGGGCCAAUGGUCUUGUGGCCCUGUUCCUCCUGCUUGCUGUCUUUGGAGUUGUUGGGGGUCUUUUGUUUUAUUUUCGACAAUAUUUCAUGUCUGACUACAAGGUCCAAGUGGAGUCAGGAGUGAUGUCUGUCCAGCUGCCCUGCAAAACCACAGUUCGCCUGCCUAAAAAUGCUAAAGUGCAGUGGACCGACAGCAGCAAGAGAACUGUCCAUGUAAAGGAGGAUGGCGAAGACCAGAAUGGAGAACAGGACUGGAAAUACAGAGGCCGAACAAAGAUGAAGAUUGGAGACCUCAGUCUGACCCUGAAAUGUCCUGAAGAAGGAGACACAGACACCUACACCUGCACCGUGUCCAGUGGGGAGACCAUCCUGGUGAAGAAACAAGUGGAGCUCAACGUCAAAGUUCUCAAGGUGGAGGAAAAUUCAGGUGUGAAGUAUGUCCGUCUGCCCUUUAAAACCACGGUUGACCUGUCUAAAGACAUUGAAGUGGAGUGGCUGGACAGAAACCACAGCAAGGUCCAUGUGUAUCGGAACAACUCUGACCAGCCUGAGGAACAAGACUGUUUUUACGGUGGCAGAACCAAAUUGGAUCUGCUGAAAACUGGAGACCUCAGUCUGACCUUGAUGUACCCCACUGACACAGACAACCACACCUACACCUGCAACAUCAGUGAGAAUGGAGACACCCUGAUAAAGAAACAAGUGAGCCUACAUGUUAAAGCAUGUCAGGUGGAGGUGGAGAAGGGGGAGCAGUUGGUCCAGUUGCCCUUCAAGACCACAGGUGACUUACCUGAAGACAGCACAGUAGAGUGGGAAACCAGUGAACCUGAAUACAUGAGGGUUCAUGUGUAUCAGGGCGGUUCUGAUCAGUCCGGAGAACAGGCUGACAUUUACAGAGGCCGAACAAAGAUGGAUCAAAAACCUCUGAAAAGUGGAGAUCUCAGUCUGACCCUGGAAAACCCCACAGACAAAGACACUGGAACAUACGUGUGUGAAGUUUACAGCAACAACAGAAACAUCCUGAGGAAGAAAGUAGUAGAGCUCAAAGUGAAAGACAAAGAUCAUCUUAAAGUGAACUUCAGCAACAGAAGGGACUCUACUGAUCCAAAUCCUCUGAUUGAUUAUCCCAAUGAUGAAUCAGUUUGAUUGUAGGUCUUUGUUUAUUGACUUGGAUAAGACAGAAAACGGCAGUGAAAGAUCUGAUAGACGACGGAUGAAGAAGACAGAGGACGUACCAACUUCACUAACGUCAGCUUUAAUUUAAAAAACAUUUACUCAGGACCACAUCAUAUACAUUGUCAAUGCUGACUAAUAAUAAGCUAUCACACAAUUGCGAUUGAGCAUAAUGACACCCAAAACGAUGUGUAACUUUCACAAAACUGAAGUUUUCUGGAUCUACCUAAUGUGACCAGUGGUGACAUGUUUAUCUGCAUGUCAUCAUUCCAUCCCUGGUUGUCCAGGUGGGGACCAGGAAAUUACCUGGGGAAAGCAUGGUUCAAUCAGGUCAGAUGACAUACAAUCUCAAGUCAACUAGUUUAUGACUAUUAACAUAAUCAUAAACUAGUCAUGUGUCAUUUUGACAAGAAUGUUCAUUUGAGGAUUUUCAGUCAGGUUUUAGAUGGUAUAGUAACAGCACUGUUACAAUCUCCUCAGUGUCUCACAACACACAGUCUCUAGACUAGCCCUGCUAGACCCUGUUGAUAUUGGUACUUUACUACAUGGACUGGAAUAUGUCAUUGGGAUUAUAGGGAAGUGGGAAGUGCACUGGACUGGUCUUUGUGUGAUAAUCUAAGAUAAAUGAUGUUGUCCCAGCCUUGUCUGAAUUUGUAGCCAUUGUUCCUGAGAACUGUGCCCAGAGAUGGGCAGUUUUAGAGUAAUCAAGUUGUAGUCCCAGAAGAAAUUGGCAAAGGACUAAACUCAUCACACCUGAAACCAGUUGUAUCAAUAAUGUCCCUCCAUCCACUUAAUCAGGUACACAGCAGUUCACCAUAUAAUAAAUAAUGACAUCUAUAGUAGUGAUUAGUGUAUUAAUCUUUAAGAUGAACAAGUAAGGCUGCUACUUAAACAGGAACGCUGCAGACGGGAAAACAGGAAAGGAAUAAAGGGAACGAAAACUGAGAGCCCAAACUCUUCUGUAUUGGAGUUUCAAACAUUCCUUAAUAUUUUCAGAUGACCUUCCUGGGAAUUCUUCCACCAGCCUCUGUUCUAAACUGGAUACUGGCCGUGGGAACCAGGCAGGAUUUUUAUUUUAAUCCACUUUCUUAGACUAUCCAGAGUUUCUCACCACUUACUGGCUUGAUGUCUGUCCAUCACUGAAGCACUUGUGUUUAAGAAAAAAUAGUCAGGAGCUCAGAGGUCAGCAUGUGAACAACUUUCAGUUGUGAUGGGGAUUUCUAUUGGUGUUAAUAAACGUGUAACUACACUGAUGGUCAUUCAGUUUGUCUUAGAUUUAUGUCGUCUAGGUCCAGCAGUAAUAACAAAGUUAUUAAAUGUACUUUGACUGUACACUUUGUAUCAUGCACAUGCAGCCUUACAUUUUUACUCCACUACUAUGAUGGUUGUACAUUUCUGUCAGCGCUUCACUGCUGGCAGCCAAGCAGUUACUUUUAAACCAUAAGACAAACUGCAUUCCUUACUAUAAUUAAAUGUAACAUUUUUUACAGUUUGAUGGUGAUUUUGCUGGAUACUUAGCUACUUAGCUUUAGGUUAUACCUAUAACCUAUGGGUUAUGACUGCAUAUUACCUGGAAGUCAGACGAAAUUCCACUGGCCACAAAAUGUUUGUGCAUAAAAUUGUCCUGGAUUCGCCCUAUUGAGUCAACUGAUUGCGCUCUGGCAAAGAUAAAAUCAAAUCUUUUGGGCUGGCUUUAUGUGAUGAUGGACAGAAGAGUAACAGUGACAUAGUCAUACUUACCUGAAAUUGAUAAAAUAGAUCUGAUUGGUUGGAUGAGAAUUUUAUCUUAUCAUACUUUAACAAGACUUGAGUUGGGCUAUAUCAGGGUAGCUGGAUGAUAGUUUGUCAUUGAAUAUAUUAAACUAAAUAAAUAAA